CGGAGGCGGGGCGAAGGCGCCGCGGCGGCUGUUAUUGUUCGGCUGGGCUGGGCCGGGCGCUGUCUCCCCUGCUUGCCCGCGGUUGUCAGUUCGUUCGUGCUUCCUCCCGGCCUCGUACUCGCGGCGGCGGCGGCGGCGACGACGACGACGACGGCGGGCGGGGCCUGGCGUUUCGCGGCUGAGUGGCGCCGGGGUGAGGGGCGCGGAGGAGGAGCAGCCGCGGGAGGAGGAGCCGUGUGCCCUGGCACGGAGCGGCCGCGGCCAUGGCGUACGCCUAUCUCUUCAAGUACAUCAUCAUCGGAGAUACAGGUGUAGGCAAAUCAUGCUUGUUGCUACAGUUUACAGACAAGAGAUUUCAGCCCGUGCAUGACCUCACUAUUGGUGUAGAGUUUGGUGCUCGAAUGAUAACAAUUGAUGGGAAACAGAUAAAACUUCAGAUAUGGGAUACAGCAGGACAAGAGUCCUUUCGAUCUAUCACAAGGUCAUAUUACAGAGGGGCAGCGGGGGCUUUACUAGUGUAUGAUAUUACAAGGAGAGAUACAUUCAAUCACUUGACAACCUGGUUAGAAGAUGCCCGCCAGCAUUCCAAUUCCAACAUGGUUAUUAUGCUCAUUGGAAAUAAAAGUGAUUUAGAAUCUAGAAGAGAAGUAAAAAAAGAAGAAGGUGAAGCUUUUGCACGAGAACAUGGACUUAUCUUCAUGGAAACUUCUGCCAAGACUGCUUCCAAUGUAGAAGAGGCAUUCAUUAAUACAGCAAAAGAAAUUUAUGAAAAAAUCCAGGAAGGAGUUUUUGACAUCAACAAUGAGGCAAACGGCAUUAAGAUUGGCCCUCAGCACGCGGCUACUAACGCGACCCACGCAGGCAGCCAGGGAGGGCAGCAGGCCGGGGGCGGCUGCUGCUGAGGCUUCGCGCGCGCCGGUGAGCUGCUCCUCCCCCUCUCCUCAUGCUCAGCUGAGACAUGAAACUGUUCGAAAUGGCUUUAUGUCACAGAAGACUUUAAUCCUUCAAAUUCUUGUAUAACUUUGAAUAAAUGGUUAAUGUUCACUUAAAAGACAGAUUUUGGAGAUUGUAUUCCUAUCUAUUUGCAUUUGAUUUCUAGGUCAAUCGAUGUGAUUAUUUUUGUUAAAUGUUGUCUUGUGCCCUUAACUAAGAACUGAGUUGUAUUAAACACUACAAAGUCAUCUUGAGUAUUUAAAAUCAGUUUGUGUAGUUAGGUUUCCCAACCCUGGUGGUUACCUAAUGUUUAAUAUUACAGAACUGUCCUCAAAAAGUUUGUCAAUUUUCAAAGCUAUAAGGAAAACCAGAAGGACUUUUAAUUCUGUAUUUAUCAUUUACUUUCUGUAUAUAUAGUUUAAUAACCUGCUUGGGUGUAAUUUGCCAAGCUUGACUUCUUUAAUGCAUUUGCAUAAAACCUAUACUGUUUAAAGCUUGAAGCUACAGAAGCAUUGUUAGGAAUUGCUUGGACACCGAAUUUUAAACUUUUUGACAUUGUUAACAAGCAUGUUCAUCUUUUCUUGUCACUAGUCCAAGAACAAUAUGCUCAAUGUAUAUUACUAAAGGCUAUGUCUGUGUUAACCUGUUUUAAUGCCAAAAGUUUGCUAUUUGUCCACAAUUUCCUUAAGACCUCUUCAGAAAAGGAUUUGUUUGCCUUAAUGAGUGCUGUUGGGUAGAAAGGCAGUAUGAUGAAUGAACGCGCAGGAG